CAGGACAUCCAGUUCAUGUUUCCAUUGACUUUCAGAGAGCUGAAUGUGCUGAAAGAGGAAAAGUUCAGCUUGGUGGAACUUGUUCAUCACUUCUUCACUGAAACCAAAGAAGCAGGAAUCUGCAGCUUUGAAGACUUCCAGGUUGUGUUCAUCUUUGAUGGUCUGGAUGAGUGUCGACUUCCUCUGGACUUCCACAAAACUACAAUCCUGACUGAUGUUACAGAGUCCACCUCAGUGGAUGUGCUGCUGACAAACCUCAUCAGGGGGAACCUGCUUCCCUCUGCUCACCUCUGGAUAACCACACGACCUGCAGCAGCCAAUCAGAUCCCUGCUCAGUGUGUUGACAUGGUGACAGAGAUCAGAGGGUUCACUGAUCCACAGAAGGAGGAGUACUUCAGGAAGAGAUUCAGAGAUGAGGAGCAGGCCAGCAGGAUCAUCUCCCACAUCAAGACAUCACGAAGCCUCCACAUCAUGUGCCACAUCCCAGUCUUCUGCUGGAUCACUGCUACAGUUCUGGAGGAUGUGCUGAAAACCAGAGAGAGAGGAGAGCUGCCCAAGACCCUGACUGAGAUGUACAUCCACUUCCUGGUGGUUCAGGCCAAAGUGAAGAAGGUCAAGUAUGAUGGAGGAGCUGAGACAGAUCCACACUGGAGUCCAGAGAGCAGGAAGAUGAUUGAGUCUCUGGGAAAACUGGCUUUUGAUCAGCUGCAGAAAGGAAACCUGAUCUUCUAUGAAUCAGACCUGACAGAGUGUGGCAUCGAUAUCAGAGCAGCCUCAGUGUACUCAGGAGUGUUCACACAGAUCUUUAAAGAGGAGAGAGGGCUGUACCAGGACAAGGUGUUCUGCUUCAUCCAUCUGAGUGUUCAGGAGUUUCUGGCUGCUCUUCAUGUCCAUCUGACCUUCAUCAACUCUGGAGUCAAUCUGCUGGAAGAACAACAAACAACCUCCCAGAUAGAGAAACACCUCUACCAGAGUGCUGUGAACAAGGCCUUACAGAGUCCAAAUGGACACCUGGACUUGUUCCUCCGCUUCCUCCUGGGUCUUUCUCUGCAGACCAAUCAGAGUCUCCUACGAGGCCUGCUGACACAGACAGGAAGUAGCUCAAAGACCAAUCAGGAAACAGUCCAGUACAUCAAGAAGAAGCUCAGUGAGAAUCUGUCUACAGAGAAAAGCAUCAAUCUGUUCCACUGUCUGAAUGAACUGAAUGAUGGUUCUCUAGUGGAGGAGAUCCAACAGUCCCUGAGUUCAGGAAGUCUCUCCACAGAUAAACUGUCUCCUGCUCAGUGGUCAGCUCUGGCCUUCAUCUUACUGUCAUCAGAAGAAGAUCUGGAUGUGUUUGACCUGAAGAAAUACUCUGCUUCAGAGGAGGCUCUGCUGAGGCUGCUGCCAGUGGUCAAAGCCUCCAACAAAGCUCUACUGAGUGGCUGUAACCUCUCAGAGAGAAGCUGUGAAGCUCUGUCCUCAGUUCUCAGCUCCAGGUCUUGCAGUCUGAGAGAGCUGGACCUGAGUAACAAUGACCUUCAGGUUUCAGGAGUGUGGCUACUCUCUGAUGCGCUGCAGAGUCCACCCUGUAGACUGGAAACUCUCAGACUGAGUGGCUGUAACCUCUCAGAGAGAAGCUGUGAAGCUCUGUCCUCAGUUCUCAGCUCCAGGUCUUGCAGUCUGAGAGAGCUGGACCUGAGUAACAAUGACCUUCAGGUUUCAGGAGUGUGGCUACUCUCUGAUGCGCUGCAGAGUCCACCCUGUAGACUGGAAACUCUCAGACUGAGUGGCUGUAACCUCUCAGAGAGAAGCUGUGAAGCUCUGUCCUCAGUUCUCAGCUCCUGGUCUUGCAGUCUGAGAGAGCUGGACCUGAGUAACAACGACCUGCAGGAUUCAGGAGUGUGGCUACUCUCUGCUGCGCUGCGGAGUCCACCCUGUAGACUGGAAACUCUCAGACUGAGUGGCUGUAACCUCUCACAGAGAAGCUGUGCAGCUCUGUUUUCAGUUCUCAGCUCCAGGUCUUGCAGUCUGAGAGAGCUGGACCUGAGUAACAGUGACCUUCAGGUUUCAGGAGUGUGGCUACUCUCUGAUGCGCUGCAGAGUCCACCCUGUAUACUGGAAACUCUCAGACUGAGUGGCUGUAACCUCUCACAGAGUAGCUGUGCAGCUCUGUUUUCAGUUCUCAGCUCCUGGUCUUGCAGUCUGAGAGAGCUGGACCUGAGUAACAAUGACCUUCAGGAUUCAGGAGUGAGGCUACUCUCUGAUGCGCUGCAGAGUCCACACUGUAUACUGCAAACUCUCAGUCUGUCAGGCUGUCUGAUCACAGAGGAAGGCUGUACUUCUCUGGCCUCAGCUCUGAGCUCCAACCCCUCCCAUCUGAGAGAGCUGGACCUGAGCUACAAUCAUCCAGGAGACUCAGGAAUGAAGCUGCUGUCGGCCGCACUGAAGGAUCCACGCUGGAGACUGGACACUCUCAGGUUGGAGCCUGCUGGAGUGCGAUGGCUGAGCCCAGGUCUGAGGAAGUAUUCCUGUCAACUCACAAUCGACACAAACACAGUGAACACAAAACUCAAACUGUCUGACAACAACAGGAAGGUGACACGUGUGGAGAAGGUUCAGUCAUAUCCUGAUCAUCCAGACAGGUUUGAUGUUCAUCAUCAGCUGCUGUGCAGAGAUGGUCUGACUGGUCGCUGUUACUGGGAGGUCGAGUGCAGAGGAGACAUUUAUGUAACAGUGAGUUACAGAAGAAUUGGAAGGAAAGGAAACCGUAAUGACUAUGUGUUUGGACACAAUGAUUAUUCCUGGAGUUAUGACUGCCAUGAUGGUCGUCCUCAGCGUGUCAGACACAAUAACAGAUACACAUACUUCUCCUCCUCCUCCUCCUCCUCCAGCGUCUCCUUCAUCUCUAACAGAGUAGCAGUGUAUGUGGACUGUUCUGCUGGCACUCUGUCCUUCUACAGAGUCUCCUCUGACACUCUGAUCCACCUCCACACCUUCAACACCACAUUCACUGAACCUCUUUAUCUUGGGUUUGGGUUCGGGUCUCCUGGUUCCUCAGUGUCUCUGUGCUGAGCUGAGUGUAAAGAGCGUCCUCCUGUUAGAGAAACACUCUGACUGUUGAACAGAUAGUUCAGUCUGUACAUGUCUGUCUCUUUCACUCACAAACACGUUUUCA